CAGGGGGGCGCGAGUUGUUAGGAACGGGGGUGGUAUCUCCCAAGGGGUUGAGUUUCUGCGUGUAUUCGGACAGGCGCAUGGCACUUCCAGAGUUUGUUAACUAGCAUUUCUGGAAGGAGAAACAUGUCCCACAGUCAUCUGUUCCUAAAGUCAGCAUUUGUCAAAGCACCAAUACAGAAUGGGCUGGGAAGAUAUGUUUGUCAAUUGCAAAGAAUAACAGUCAAGUUUUGCAAGGAGCACAGUGACAGUAAAGGUGCAAGAGACUUCAUAGAGAAUCAUGUGAUUGAUUUUGCAAAGAAGAAUCCGGGGAUUGUGGUAUACUUGAAACCACGUCGACAUCGUGCACCACACAUCAAACUGGAAUAUUUGAACGGCGAAACGGAGAUCCUGGGCAUCAAGUGCAUGUCGGAGCACGAGGUGGCGCAGUGGCUGGAGGUGGCCCGCGGCAGCAGCGGACAGCCGGUGGCGCGGCUCAGGAAGCUGCAGCACACCGACCACCCGUCCAUACAGGGCGUCUGGACGCCCUGGACCAACGUGCCGCCCCAGGCCAACGUUGAGACCUUCCCCAGCGAGGCGUACCGGGCCCCGCAGCGGGAACAGUCGGCCACCGAGCGGCUGCAGGAGAUUUUCCGACGGCAGCAACAGGAGCAGCAGCAGCAGCAGCAGGCUGAGCCGGCGUAGUCGCGCAUAUCGCGUCGCGUAGCCGCUGUGAGUUUGAGUGGACGCGUGCCGACAGUGCGUGGCAGUCAGCAGUACGUGUGGUAUCGCAUGUGGGUUCUGGGACGCUCGACGUCAGGUGUGCAAGCGGCUGCAGAGAGGCAGCGUUCGCCUUGCAGGUGAUCACUGUUGUACCCGUGGCGUUUCGGCCAGGCCAAACUAUGGAUAUUGACGUGAGCGAGAAUAAAUGGGAUGACGUCCCCAGA